GAUUUACAGUCUAUUUACUUUAGUGCCUACCCAUACACCAAAGUUCACAUUGUCAUUCCCCUUAUUUGCAGUGCUCUUGCAAGCAUUCCAUUUGGAGAUACAAGAGUUUCUGGCUGAUCAAAAUGAACCUGUUGGUGUGCUCAGCUAUCUUCUCUCUCACGGUCACGUUUGCAUCGUGUGGAAUCAAGGACUUCCAAGAGCACUUCAAACAACUUGGUGAAGCACAGUCUAUUGGCCCGCGUGGGCUCCACAGCAAUGGAACUCUGAAGCUCUCACCUGAGUUUCAUAAAGAGAACACUGUGACCAACGACUUGAGCAUUGAAGAAGAGGAGGAGGAAGACUAUCUUGACCUUGAUCAAAUAUUCAGUGAAGACGACGACUAUUGUGACAUCAUCGAUGCCACUCCAGAUACCGUUUCUGAAUUCAAGCAAGGGAAUAUUCUGGAACUUUUCCAAGGGAAAACCAGAAUUCAGCGUCUUAAUAUCCUCAAUGCAAACUUUGCCUUCAAUCUUUAUCGGAGCCUGAAGGAGAAAGCCAAUGCCACCGAUAACAUCCUCCUGGCUCCUGUGGGCAUUUCCACAGCCAUGGCAAUGAUUUCAUUGGGACUGAGAGGGGAGACACGGGAGGAAGUCUUGGAUUCGCUGGGCUUCAGAGAUUUUGUGAACGCCAGCUCCAAGUACGACCUGAUGACCGUUCACAACCUCUUCCAUAAGCUUACUCACCGGCUCUUCAGGAGGAAUUUUGGCUACACACUCAGGUCAGUCAAUGACCUUUAUGUUCAAAGGCAAUUUCCAAUCCUGAGUGAGUUCGAAAAUAACAUGAAAAGAUAUUAUUUUGCUGAGGCUCAGCUGGGUGACUUCUCAGAUCCAGCCUUUAUCACAAAAGCUAAUGCACGUAUCCUGAAGCUUACCAAAGGAUUAAUAAAGGAAGCCCUCGUGCAAGUAGACCCUGCCACUCUGAUGAUGAUUCUCAACUGUGUCUACUUUAAAGGAACAUGGGAAAACAAGUUUCCAGUGGAAAUGACACACAAGCACAGCUUCCGCCUGAAUGAAAAAGAGGUGGUGAAAGUGCCCAUGAUGCAGACUAAAGGCAACUUCCUGGCCACUGUGGAUAAUGAGCUUGACUGUGGCGUGCUCCAGCUACCCUAUGUGGGUAACAUCAGCAUGCUGAUUGUAUUGCCCUAUAAACAGGCCAGCAUGAAGGUAUUGGAGAAGCAACUGACCCCUCAAGUGGUGGAGCGGUGGCAGAAGAGCAUGACCAACAGAACUCGCGAGGUCCUGGUGCCCAAAUUCAAGCUGGCCAAAAACUAUGACCUGAUUGAAUACCUAAAAACUCUGGGAAUAAAUGAGCUCUUUAGUCCAAAUGGCAAUUAUUCAGGGAUAUCCGAAGAGAGCAUCAUCAUCAAUAAGUUUAGCCAUCAAGGGACUAUAACAGUGAAUGAAGAAGGCACGGAGGCGGCAUCCGUAACCACUGCAGGCUUCAUGCCCCUUUCAGCUCAAAUCCGCUUCAUCAUCGACCGCCCUUUUCUGUUCCUCAUCUAUGAGCACCGUACCAGCUGCCUGCUCUUCAUGGGGAGAGUUGCCAACCCAACCAAGGCCUGAGAAGCAAAACGCUCAAGUUGGGCAACUUCACUACUUUUUAAUGUAACCAGUUUUCUAUGCAGAUUUUAAAUGUUAUACUGGUAGGGAGUGCUACAGAAUGGAAUGCAACUGCACCCAAAUAAAAAAACACAGUAAUUGCUG